AUGGGUUAUUUAAUGCCGACAAGAUUUUCAUUGCUGGUAAUAUUAUCUAUCUAUCUAUCUAUCUAUCUAUCUAUCUAUCUAUCUCAGAAUAUAUUGUUUUUACACUAUUUCUUCUUCUUCGAUCUAAUUUUCCUAUUCACUAUUGUCGUCAUAAUGCUUUAUACUUUAUAUUUAUUUUUUCUCUCCUCCUCUUCCACCUUGCACCCCCUCCCCUUCCACCUCCUUCUCCUCCUCUUCCUCCUCCUCUUCCACCUCCUUCGCCUCCUCCUCCUCCUUUACAUUCAUAUUUCAAUGCUUCAAUUAUAUUUUUCUUCCCUUUCUUUCUACUCCUUCCCUUUUCUUUUCGUGUUUGCAUUCAUGUCUCUCUCUCUCUCUUUUAUUCUUCUUCUUCACAGUUUUCUUCUUCUUAACUUUAAAUUCUUCUUUUUUUCUUCUUGUUUAGAUUACUAUUUCUUUGUAUAUGCUUUUUAUAUAUUUCUCGUUACUUUUUCUUGUUCCUCUGCCUGUUCUUUUCGUCUCUUUCGCCAUUCAACUCAAGCGUUGUUUUAUCUAUCUAUCUAUCUAUCUAUCUAUCUAUGUAGGUCAGCUCAUAUCUAUCUAUCUAUCUAUCUAUCUAUCUAUCUAUCUAUCUAUCUCAGUCCGUUCAGAUCUAUCUAUCUAUCUAUCUAUCUAUCUAUCUAUCUAUCUAUCUAUCUGUUUUGGGGGUCUCCCCUUUUUACAUAA